UAUGAGCUCCACAGAAAAAAGAUCUCUAAACAGUGUUCAAAGGAAGAAAGGAGGAGAUGUCGUCUGCCAAGAACACAACGAUACGCCUGUUGUCAUGUUCUGUAAAACAUGUGACCAACUGGUUUGUGACGAAUGCAUUAAAAAUUCCCAUAAACCACACGACCUAGAGUCACUGAACAAGCAAAGUUUAGAAGACAAAAUGCAACUGUCUCAACAGAUUCCAUUAGUCAAGAACAAUACGAUGCCAGGUUUAAAGGAACACAUUAAGAGCAUAGGUCUAACUAAAGAACAGUCCUCUAAAGAUUUCGAACAUCUCAUGAACAAAAUAAUGACACGAACGACUGAGCUGAUUAAGAUGAUAGAAAAGUCACGUGAUCAGAUGCUACAGAGUUGCCGAAAAGACCAAGAAAGAGCUAGAAUAUUCCUAUCAGAUUUAGAAGAGAAAAUGACAAGUGGAAUCAAAGCACUUGAACUAUCACUGGCAUCUGCAGAAGAGGUUGUCAAAUCUGGCAACGCCAAAGGUGCAGCAUUAAUACAAACAAGACUUCAACUUAACUGGGAUAUUCAAGAAUACAAAAAGCGUCACGCGCAAAUCGAAAUUCCAGAAUUCGUAUCAGGAAGUUCAUAUGAUAAUUCAAUUGAGAAGAUGAUAGGUGUAUUUAGCGGUGGUCUUCAUUUAAAAACUAGGGAUGAAUUACUAUCCAAGGCGUUGCUUAAAGCAAAGCCAUUCUCAUCGUGGAGAAUGAAACCUUAUUUGAUAGCUGCUCUGCCACUGAAGUACGAUAUCCGCUCGGCAAGUACAGUAAAAAGCGAUACAAUGUUAAUGGUUCCGGUGACUAGACAAAGACUUCUUAUUACAAUGGCGGCAAAUGGACAGUCGCGGGAAACGGAAAUGUCUGAUCACCGUAUUUACGACAUGUCACAAUCAAUUGGAAAUGAAUUCAUUGGAACAGACGCUGACAAUAAGACCAUAGUUAAAUUUAGACUUGAUGGAAGCGUAACUGAAAAGAAGGAGUUAAGAUCUAUUCCGCGCGGAAUUCACGUUUGCAAAAAUGGCGAAGUAUUAAUGUGUCUUUGUGACACUAUUGAUUUCAAAACACAAAGAGGUAAAAGGAAAAUAGUUCGCAUGGAUGAAAAAUUGAAUAUUGUAAAUAGCGACGAUUUGAAUAAUGUUGAAUAUACGCUUCCCGAUCGCGUCGUCCAGAAUGAUAAUGGCGACAUCUGCAUAAUAGACAGAAUAGGAGGCGGGAGCAGUCGGCUGUUUGUUCUAAACAAAGACGGAACCCUCAAAUUUACUUAUCCCCAUGAAUCAUCUGAGUACGACUUCACGGCAACCACCAAGCCAAAGAAAGUUUCAUUUAGCGAUGUUUGUUGUGAUUCAUUUUCUAACAUUUUCGUGGCAGACGAGAAGAAUAAUGACAUCAUUGUGUUAAACAGUGACGGAGAUGAAAUUGUCAGAUUUUCAAAAGUUUUGAAGAGGAAAGGCAUCAACUUAGUUGCUCCGUCGAGAAUUGUUCUGGACAGAACUGGAAAACUUUGGAUCGUUAUGCAGGGGAAGGUUUUAGUCUUUGAUCUGUACUCUUAAAAAAAAUAUAGGCAUGUUAUCAUAAGAAAUCUUGUCCCGUUUUCCUCGAACCCUGGGGUUAGCCUUUACAAAUACUCGAUUCGACCGAACAGAUGUCAACGCACGUCUGGUGCAAAUACAAAAUUGCAAUCCUGGUAUCUAUGAUGAAUUUAUUUUAUUUUGUCACUUAAUUUUCACUUUUC